UUGAAACCGAGUAGGAUUUGAAAUUAUGUUUGAUUUGAUUUUGUCGUCUCUUGUGAUAUAGCUUCUAUGGUCGGUUCUUGUGAUUGAAGUGGUGGUUUGGUAUAGAUAUAUAAAAAACGUAUAGAUUAUAUGAUUCUAUGGUUCUUUAUGCAUGCAAAAAACGUAUAGAUUCUAUAGAUUCUAUGGUUCUUUAUGUUACAUGCUUGCAAAAUGUAUGAUUUAUGUUUGGUUGUAUGGUCGGCUCCAGUCUUGUGUAGAUUUAUGAUGGUUGUAUGGUCGGCUCCAGUCUUGUGAUUUAUGAUUUAUGUUUGGUUGUAUGGUCGGCUCCAGUUCUUUAUGCUUGCAAAAACGUAUAGAUUCUAUAGAUUCUAUGGUUCUUUAUGUUAAAUGCUUGCAAAAUGUAUGAUUUUUGUUUGGUUGUAUGGUCGGCUCCAGGUUUGGUAUAGAUAUAUAAAAAACGUAUAGAUUCACAAGAUUCUAUGGUUCUUUAUGUUACAUGCUUGCAAAAUGUAUGAUUUAUGUUUGGUUGUAUGGUCGGCUAUAGAUUCUAUGGUUGUUUCAUGGUUGCAAAAUGUCUGUUAAAAUGUGAAGUUUUUUUAACAAAUUAGAAUUAGAAUUGUGGUUUACUUCUUCAAUAGAUUGCAAUGAGGGAAAUCGUUUAUGUUGUUAAUGUUACCUAUAUUAGCUGGAUUGCAAUGAGGCACUGUCGUCCUGAGUUGAUAGCGUAGAUAGGUUAAUAACUUCAGAUUAGACAUAUCUUGUUUAUGGUUAGUCUUUAUGAGGAAAACUUAAUACUCUUCACCUGCUAACUCCCAUCUCAUUCCCUUUAAAUUUACACACUUCUUUCUCUCUUCUAUCAUCUCAUAUUCUACAACUCUCUCUCAAAUCUUUAUCUGUUAUAACUCGUAUGGAUCCACGAAACUAUCAAACCCCGUCCUCUAGUUACGUAGGACUGCUUAACAGUCAAGAUGGUAGUGGUCUGAAUGAAAACUUUCCUUAUCAAAGUUUUCAUUCAAGUGUUAACUAUGGAGAAUCUGAGAUGCCUCCCUUCAGUUCACAACAAGCUGAACACACGCCAGUAGAGCGUCAUGUUAGACGCAAAUGGAGCCCAGCUGAUGAUGAGGUACUUAUCUCUGCUUGGCUUAACACUUCGAAGGAUGCCAUAGUUGGAAAUGACCAGAAGUUGGGGAAGUUCUGGAAGCGGGUUGGAGAGUAUUUUACAGAGAGUCCACAUGGUCAAGAGGAUGGUGAAAGGAGAGGGGAUCUUACUUGUAAGAAGAGGUGGCACAGAAUAAACGACCAGGUUACCAAGUUCUGUGGGGCAUACUCAGCAGCAGAGAGACAAAUAGGCAGUGGUGAGAGUGACACUGAUGUUCUCAAGAAGGCUCACGACAUCUUCUACUCUGAUCAACAAACCAAGUUCACCCUUGAGCAUGCUUGGUGUGUGUUACGUUUUGAACAAAAAUGGCUAAGCCUUAACACUCCAAAAGCCACUGCCAGUUCAAAGAGGAAGGAUGGUGAGAUAGAUCCAAGCACCACUGUCCUUGAUCAGGAGGUCCGGCCUGAAGGUUGCAAGGCCGCUAAGCAAAAAAGGUCGACUGUUCAAGGGAAGUCUGUUGCUGACUAUACGACCAUAUGGGAAAUGAAGAAAGAGGAUUUGGCUAUGAAGGAGAGACUGUCAAUGCUAGCCAUACUAGACAGUCUCCUCGCCAAGAAAGAACCAUUAACUGAGCCGGAGGAAGGUGUGAAGAAUAAGCUCUUAGCCAAGUAUUUCUAAAAGAUUAGGAUACAAUCUAUGUUUUAGUAUGUGUUGAAUUUGCUUCUAUGUCUUUUAAAUUCUCUGUUUUAAGUACUCUAAUGUAGUUCCUACGGCUGUUGAUUGCUUAAAUGCGUAAUAUUAACUAAGUCUUUUUAAUUUCUUUUGUUGCUUGUCUUCCUUGUCUUGAUUAUGUGUCAUCUGCAACCACAAUAAGAAUUCGUAAGUGUUUAGCAUACUGCAAACAACUUAUAUAAUUACUAAUUACUAUGUGUUUAUGCAGGUGGACUUGAAGAUGGGACUUGACUACUCCUACAGCCAGCCUUCCCAGUCAGACGACCUAUUUGGAAACUCAGACGACGGUGGCUACAGCGAGACAGAAGAUCUCAUUAGACGUGACCAAGUUGAGCUAGGGUCUCAGGGUCGUAGUCAGGUUCAAUAUCCGCCCCAACCAGAGGUUGAGUAUGGGUUCCCACAGACUUGCUAUUGUGGUGCAACGCCUCUCCUUGCAACAUCUACCACUCGGAAUGAUCCAGGUUAAGUAGAAGAUACUACACAUGUGAGAACGUGGACGAUGGCGAGUGCCAUGUUUGGAAAUGGUGGGAUGUCGCCGUGAUGGAAGAGAUGAGAGCCAGAGAUAGACAUGUGCUUCAGCUAUCGGAAAAGGUAGAAAACCUUUCACUUUACAGUGAAUAUGAGACUGACCAGCGGCUCGCUAGAGUAGAGAAAAUCGUGUCUGAUAUAGGCAAGGAACAAUCGAAGGUUAGGCAGGGAUUUGAGUACUUUGUUGUGGUCAUGCUUGUCGUCACAGUUUUAAUGGCCUUUCUCUUUAUGGUUAAGUAAAUGAAGAUGGUGUUGUGUUAUGUGUAUCUGAAUCAUUUCCUUUAAUCGACAUUAUGUAUGAAUUAUAAAGUUAUUAUCUAAAAGGAAGACAUAUAGUUAUGGUUAAGUAAAUUAUUUUUUUGUUAUGUUUGAAUGUUUGACAUCAUCACAUUAUGUAUAUUUAUAAAGUUAUUAUCUAAAAGGAAGACAUAUAGAGAGUCACAAGACUAUAUGACUCGUGAUCUUCCCCUAUAUGAGAGUCACAAGAUGAAUUAAAGAGUCAGAACAAGUACCUUGCAUUGUUUGUUUGUAUCACGGGAAAUAUACGAGAGUCACAAGAUGAAUUAAAGAGUCACAAGGUGAA